GCAUCGUCCAACGCAUUUUCUGAUUCUGAAUUCAGUUCUCGUUCAGCUUCGCCGACGGCACGACGUGCUCCACUAGCGAAAAAUACUAGAAUAAACCAGGGAAAAAUCUGGGAAAAUUUCUCGUCGUCUUGUCAUUUGGCGCGGGCCAAAACAGAAAAUUUAAAAAAAAAAAACAGUUUCGAAAUUAUUAAAAUAAAUAAAGUACAAUUCUUGUUAUUAAACAAAACGACCGAGGCAAUGAAUAAAUGUUUGAGAAAAUGGAUUAUGAAAUAAAUUUAAUAAUUUACAUACAGCGAGAGAAACAAUAGUAAUGCAUUUUUGUGGCAUAAAUUAUAGAUGCACUAAUAAAAACAACGUGAAAAGCGAAAAAGAAAAGAAGAAUAAAAAUAGCAAAAGAAUUCCAUAGGAAAAUACUUAAAUAUAUAUAGAUCCAUAAACAAACCGAUUUAUAUAUAUUCGAGUCGAGCGUUUGAUUGAUUUGUGGCAACUUUCAAACAACAAACCAAAAAACAACAGCAAGUCAACAAAACCAACAAAAUCAACAACUACAGCGACUGCGGAUGCCGCGACGCUUUAACCCACUCUGACUAACUCCGCCGCCGCCGCAAAUAUGUAAAUGUCCAACAUGCCACUAAAACCACUAAACCCAGCCAGCAGCCACCAAUAAAGCCAGUCGCUAGAGAGGAUCAGGAGGAGGAGCAGGCCGCUCCAGCAGGACCCAAACCGAUAGAAAGGAACACAAAAACACUGAGAGAAACGCUAUGGCCGGGCCGCAGGUGCAGCACAGCCAGCGACCCAAUAGCGCCUACUAUACGGGUUUGAAUGGCGGCGGAGGAGGAGGAGGAGGAAGUGGAGGUGGCGGUGGCGGUGGAGGAGGAGGAUCCUCCGGCGGAAUAACCAGCAGUGCAUCGCACACCGGCCUGCAUGCCCUGCGUCAGGUGAGCAACGAAACGGAGCUGAUCUACCGUGGCAGCCACAGCAAUGGCACCGUCAACGAGCUGCCCUCCACUGCCCAGCACCACCUGCUCACGGGUCGAGUUCCCAGUGGAGUGGGAGUGGGAUCGGGAGCGGGAGUGCGGGAGCAGCAGGUGCAUCACCAUCAGACGGUGAGCAGCAUUGCCGGCACCGGAUCGAGUGUCACGGAUGCCCUGAUCGGGACCAUUGCCUCUGGUGGCAGUGGAGGCGCCUCUGGCUCCACGGCAGCACUGGGCAUCAAGAAGUCCAGCACGCAGCGCAGCAUCGAGAUCAUUGUGGACGCCAGUCAGUGCGGCAAGGAGCUGGUGGCGGCCAGUAGUGGAGCAGGCGGCGGAGCAGGAGCAGGAGCAGUCGUGUCCACCCUGGAUGUGGAGGAUGUGGAGCAGGGCGGCGGCGGCGGCCAGGAGUCGUCGUCCUCGCACCGCAAAUCUUCGCGGCAUCGCCAUCGACCGCUCCACCGGCGACUGAUCACCUAUCUGCGGAACCUCUUCCAGGGCAGCACCACACAGAAUGAUUCGGAAUUGGAGGAAUUCGAGACGCCGGCACGGUACAGGCCCGACUCGCUAAGUGCGCUGAGCCGCGCCACCCGCUUCACGGAGGACGAGAUCAAACGAAUUUACCGGGGAUUUAAGGCUGAGUGCCCGACGGGCGUCGUCAAGGAGGACACCUUCAAAGUGAUCUACUCGCAGUUCUUUCCACAGGGAGCCAAUCCAACCUUAUAUGCGCACUAUGUAUUUAAUACACUGGAUCAGGAUCACAGCGGCAUUGUCAGCUUCGAGGACUUUGUUCAAGGACUUUCGAUACUGUCGCGCGGCUCCGUGGAGGAGAAGCUGCGCUGGACCUUCUCGCUGUACGACAUCAAUGGCGACGGCUUCAUUACGAGGGAGGAAAUGACUGACAUUGUAACUGCCAUAUACGAGCUGAUGGGCCGACUGCCCGACGAGUGUCCCGAGGAGGAGAAGAUCAAGGGCAAGGUGGAACAGAUCUUCCAGAAAAUGGACACCAAUCGCGAUGGCGUGGUCACGCUGGAUGAGUUCCUGGAGGCCUGUCGCAACGACGACGCCAUCUCCCGGUCGAUGUCCUACACGGUGCCGCGGCGGCGGCGACACCAGCAGUUGGCCCAGCAGCAACACCACCAGCAACACCAGCAACAUCAGCAACGUCGGCACAACCAGCAGGAGCCAGAUAAACGUAAGUCCAACCACAAGACGAAGAACAAGCAACAGCAAAAACAGCAGCAACCACAUAGCACUAGACAUCAAAACUGUUGUCACAUAAUCGACAUGGAUGGCGAUAGCACCACCAGCACCACCACCGCCUCGGUGGCCACUGGAACCACACUCAAUUGCAAUGUCCUGGGCCGCAAGCCCAAUGAUUACGAUGUGGAUGAGGAUGAUGAGGAGGAGGAUGUGGAUGAUGAUGAUGAGGAGGAGGAGGAGCAUGACUCGGAGGAAUCUGAGGACUCCGAGGGGGAGUACAGAUCCUUUGUCUGCCGGCACUGCCAAAGACCGCAGUCGGUGGUGCAGCCCAGAUCCGGCCGCCGAUCGCAGUCCCAGUCCAAGUCGCGCAAGCGCAGCAAGAGCAGGAAGCGCCAUCAGAGCAAGCAGCGUGGGGGUCACCAGGGUCAGCAUCAGGGUCACCAUCAGGGUUACCACCAGGGUCACCAUCAGGGUCACCAUCAGCAGCGGUGGCCGGAAAUCAAUGUGGCCAACGAGCAGGCCAUCCGCUUCCGGUGUCCGCAGGUGGGGCCGCAGGUGGGUCGUGACCUUCACACCCCCCAGCCCAUGCACUUCCACCACCCUCAGUCGCAGUCGCAGAAGGCCAAGAACAAGUCGCGGCCGAGAAAGCCCCGUGCGCUGCCACCGCCUGCUCCAUUAGCCAAAGAGCCGCCACCACCAGCAGCAGCAGCAGCACCACCUGCACCACCAGCACCGCCCUCCGAACUAACACCCCUCCCACCCCUGAACGUGAUUGUGGGCGGGGCCGAGGUCGAGGUCGAUCCGCAGCAGCCACCGCCGCCCACCACCCCCGACUCGCCGUCGCUGGUCACCGUGAGCACCUGGUACACGGUGGCCAAGCAGGGUGUCUCCUGCUAAUCGCGGUGAGCAGUGAGUAUCCUCACCCAGUCACCCAGUCAUCCAGACAUCCAGUCACCCCAAUCAAAGUCCCCUACAACAAGUAUAUACCACAUCCAGGGGGAACUGCAAAUGUCUUUGGGUCUUUGAAACCACUUGCAAGGGUGUGUGAUAUGUGUGAUAUGGUUUGCCCUAAGCAAAGUACUUCUAUCACACAUCUAUGAGCUCUUUCGAAGCUCCAGAGACUUUUAUGGCAGCCCCAAAAGAAACGCUUUCCCGAUUCGGUGUUUAAAAUAUAUGUAUACUUAUAUGUAUUAUAUGUGUGUUUUUCAGGGUGGAUCUCUAAAAGCUCAAAAUUGGCUAACCAAUAAUUUAAAAGAAAAACAUUAUAUGAUUUUUGUUAUAUUCCAAAAUUAAUGCGGUUAAUAUUUAACAAUUCAAAAUAUUUAAAAAAUGAUUUUGCUCCAAUUAACUCGUCUAUUUUAUACAUUACAUCAGCCUUUCUAAAUUCUGGAAAAGGAUUUUAGAAAAUUCAAUUGUACCUAAAAGUUUUUGUUAUGUUUUAUUUUAUAUUCUACGUGAGUUGUUACAAAAGGCAAAAAAAAAAAGUCCUAAACAAAUAAUUGUAAAUACAUUUUUUUUUGUCAAAAGAUUUUAAAUUAAAUUAAAUGCUCAAUUAAAAACCGAGAUCCACCCUACUGUAUAUGUGCAUUAAGUUUCAAUUCGCCCUAUUGUUUGUACUACAAUUAGCCAAAUGAAAUUAAAAAGAGUUUAAAACGUUCUCUGUGUGUAUCGAUUGUUGUUGCAAACUGUCAAAUGUGUUAUAGUCUUAAAUACAGUUAAAUCUAUAGAAAAUGUAAGUGAAAAUGAACCAAAAAUGAAAAUAUAUGAAAUGCAUUCAACAUUUUACUUUAUGUUUCUUUGUAUCCUAUUAUUUGUGCCCAGAAAAGUCUUCUUAGAAAUGUUGUUAGAUGUCCUAGAGUUAUAUGAAUUGACGUUAGCUGUGAUGGAAAAACAAAGUAUAUUAAACAACAAAAAACAUUAAAAAUUUAAAAACAAAACGGUGGGAUAAAUAAUAUUUGUGGGAGAACAUUGCUCAAAGGAAAAAACUUUCCAUGUAUUAUGUUUAAAGUGCGUGGGUGUGUUUUGGAUGUGUGUGUGUACUGGGAUAUCUAGAGAGAUAACGAAUUAACAAACCAAUAUUUACUAUCUUCAAUGCCCCAUUUGAAAUUGUCCAGACCCAAACCGAAAAAUAAAACGCUGCCGCAUCGAUAAUAACAUUCUGUAUUACUCAGAAAUCAUAUUAAAGAAAGAAUUAAAAAAACAUAUAUGCCGAUUAACAAACAGGCCAAUUUCGGGCUGUAAAAUAUUUUGCUUUAACAAAAACUCCAAUGUCAUUGAAAUGCAAAUUGAAAGCCGAAUUUUCGUUCGAAAAAUAAACAAAUUGUGGGGGAAAAGAGACAAAGGUAGAGUUUGGUUUUAAUUGAAUGCUGCUUUCUACUUUAUUGGAUAAAUGUAAUGUGCCGUCAUUAAAUUCCAUUCCAUUUGCAUUAUUUCACAUUGAAAUUCGUGUUCUUCGAUAUGUUGUGAAACUUGCUGAGCGUUAACUUUUUUGCUAACUGUUAUUGCUUGACAUGCUUUUGUUGUUGUUUUCAUAAUGCCACUUUGGACACACCAAGGAGACACAUACACACGCACACAAACACACACACACACAAAAUAAACAAGGAUGCAAACGCAUGGGAAUUGAAUUUCGUGUAUGGCAAUUAAAAUAUCUGCUUUCUAUCUCUCCCCUUCUCUUUCUCUCUCUUUUCUCUCUUUCUCUUUUUCUUUAUCUCUCUCUUUUUUUCUCUCAUCUUGUCCUGCAUACACACACACGCGCGCGCUUGAAUAAACACCCACACGCAUGCAGAAAUUUGCAUAGAAACUUAAUGAAAUGUGUAGCGAGAAAGACAACGCGAAUCUGCCAAAAUAAAAAUCUAGGUGCCGCACGUCCAUAAAUAUGCAAUUAUGGAUAUGUUUGUGCAACUGUAAAAAUACAGAAAAUGUCCGGAAAAAUUGGAAAGGCCAACUACAACCCGAUUUUAUCUGCAUAAUUGGCUGGGUUGCAUUUAAAGCAGUAUUCAAGUGUAAGUACAUGGUGGCACCGGAAGUGCCACUGCUUGCUCCACACCCUUAAAACCAAAAAUUGACAAUGUGUGAGUACACACAGCCUAACACACAACCCCCAUUGAAAAUUGAAAAUGUACGAAACGAAAGCUUUACACAAUGAAACUUAAACUAAAACUAAAAACUUACUCUUAACGAUGUAAUGAAACAUAUAUAGAGAGAAAUUUAAAUAACACAGAAACUAUAUUUAUACGAACAGGAAAUAGCAAGAAAAGAUACUAAUUACCUUUAAUUGGAACCAGUUUGACUUUCUAUUCGAAAUAUGUUUAUGUAGGCUCACGACACACACACCCACACACACGCAAGCAAAUGUAUUAGGUAAAUAAAUGUGUAAAUCAAAAUAAUAGCCCCAAUGCAAAUACAAAGGGAAGGAGAAAUAAAGAAGCGCUCCCCAGGGCGUAUGCGUAAUGUUGAGUGGAUUGUUUCUGCGCAUUGUUGUUGCCAUAUAUUCUCCAUUAGCAAAUUAGUGACAAUGAUGGAAUGUCAUCAAGUCGGCUGUCUCAAUGUGUACUAUACUCUAUAAAUCUGGUGUGUGUGCCUGUUGUGUGUGUGCGAGUGUGCAAGCUAAAUCAAAUAAAACAAAAGUUUGAAUCAGAAAUUGGACCACAGCAAACAAAGAAGUAGCAUAAACCGAUAUCCGCUGUAUAUGCACAUUAUAUUUACAUACAUAUACACAAAAAUAUAUAUAGAGGUAUAUAUAUAUAUAUAUAUAUAUACAAGACGUACAGUGUUUAUCAAAAUGAAUAGGUGUGUAAUUGUAAUUUUUUGUAGCUAGAACUAAGAGACACACAGAAAAUGAGCAGAAACUAUUAGAAAUAGAUAAAGGAAAAUGGUUAAUUGGACAUCUCGUUGUACAUAGUUAGUGAGUGGUUUUUUCGCCGUUAAACCAACUACAAACCUUUCUCGAUAUUAACUCUAAACUCAAAGUAAUUGUUGCAUUUUUAAACCCUAUAAAUACAUAGCUGUGUACUUAGCUGUAGUCUUCCAGAGGAAUACCGAAUAAAAUGAACAAACGAACAGAGAAGCUGACGAAAACUCUAUUCCACUUAGAUUGAACCUGUAGCAAAUUUGUACCUUAGCCGAAACACCCACAAAAAGCUUUCAAAAACAAUAAAACUUUUUCUUAAUAGACGAAGAACCGAGUCCAAUAAAUAAAAGCCAUAUACAAAACUGUUGCUGUCGUUGUUGUCGAAGAAGAACUGUAUUAUUUUUGGAUAAAUGUUAUCGAUUUUCUGCCCACUUUUAAGGUUAUUCAAUGUUAGAUCCUUCGAACCAUUGGUUUCCCACUGCAUAUACUAUAUGUAUGAAGUAUAUAUGAUCGAACUGAUCUUGGGCACGACAAUAUCGAACAGGAGCCCCCGAAGUGCAAUAUAACACAUAUAAUAUCCUCCCACCCCAGAUUAACACACCUACACACACUCACAACACCCCCCCUCUCUCUCCCUCUCUCUAGGAGUUCACUUCUCUCUAUCUCUAUCUGCUAUCUACUAUCUGUGUGUGAAUUAGCAAUCAAAUACUAAUGCAAAAUCUAUUUCAAAAACAAAGUGUCAAAUUUUCAAACCAAACAAACAAACCAAACAAAACGAAAACCAAAGAAAAUGUAAAUGUUGGCAAAUUGACAGAGACAAACAGAAAAACGGAUAAAUUUGAUAAAUUGGAGGAUUGCCAACCUAGUUGCAAGUAUUUUCCCGGCCUAAGCCUUAAAGAUUAGAGAAAUGCAAGUAAUUAUAAACACAAAGAAAUAUAUGCAUAUAGAAUGUGUGUUUUUUCCUAAUUUAUAAGCUGUUGAAAUCAAAUUUUACCAAUGAAAGUAAGUAUUGAAAAAGUAUUGAAGCUAUUGAAAAACUCUCGUUUUAGAGAACCACUUGAAUUUUCAGUUGUAAAUGUAUAAACUGUAUUAACCAUUUAUUUGUGAGCGAUAUACUAUGUGUUGAGAAACUGAAAAAAAAAAAAUACAUGCAGAAAAUACAUGUCAUAGCAUAGGCCUAAGUACGACAUUUAUGGGGGGAGGAAAUUCAGAAGGCCUACGGAAGUAUAUCAAAAACCGAAUUGUUAUCGGACGAACGACGUUUUUAAACCACUAAGAGAUUUUCCAGUGUUAUCAAUCGAUCGAUGUACAUCUUCUGGGCCAAACGAUUGAGCCACGUUAUAAACACAAUUACAAAUUGAUAAACUUACCAGUAUAUACACAAAUAUACUAAUGUACACUAGUUGUAAACAUAGCUGAUCUUUUUUGGUGUAAAUUUUAAAUGAUAAUACCAAACGAACAAACUUUCCAUGCAAUAAAAACAAACACAUUGUUUCAAAACUAACAAAAAUGUCGUUUAAAUGCAAAACUGCAUGAACCAAAAACAAACAAAAAAACAAAACCAAAAAACAAAAAACAAAAAUGAAAAUGAAAACACUUAAUUAAAAAGAACAAAUAUUUUUUUUGUGAAGUUAAAAUAUGUAUAAAACAAAAAUAAAAGGUAUAAAGAAAAAUAAAAACCAAAUGAAAUAUACAGAAAAAGCUGUUAAUUAAA